CCUCCUGGGCCCGACCUCCGCAGCCCCCUCGCCUCGGCCGGCAGCGCCCACCGCCUGCCCGAAGCGGGGAGCGGAGCGCGGGGCGCAGAGGCACCGGAGCCAGUGCUUGCCGGCCCCGCGAACCAAACCCAGCCCGGAGAACCCCCGCCCGGCCCCGCGCAGCUCCGCUACCGCCCGGGAGCUGUCCCUUCAGCACCGCCGCGGGAGCCUCAGUCCGAGCGCAGCCCAGCGGAGCCCCAGCUCGAGCCUGAGCGCACCGAGAGCAGCGCUCAGCGUUCGCCGCACCAAGCAACACCCCGGGUGCCCCUGCCCUGGGGGCCCGCCAUCUCCUCCAGGAGGCGGGGAGAAGGAACGAGGAGGGCGGGCGGGCGGGCGGGUGCGCCCGCCGCCGGGGGGAGCAGGCAGCCAAGCAAAGAGAGAGGGAGGGGGCCGGAGCCCGCCCUGCGUCCCGAGCUGCAGCCCGGCCACGCAGGGAAGAAGGCAGCCGGCAUCCAUCUCCCCAGCGCCGCGAGCGCGCUGCGGCGACCACCGCACAGAGGAGCCUGAAUUUCCCGGUCCCCUCUCCUCUCCCGCUUCCGGGGGCUGGUCUAUCCGUCCCGCCCUGGGGGCAGCUGACCUUCCCCCCAAAAGCGUUGUGCUGAUUUCUCCAUUUUCCCGCUGAGAUGGGUACGGGAGCCCGGCCCCCCCACCCUCUUUCCCCUCCUCCCGGGGCUCGCCGCUGAGCGCCGCCCCCCUCCCUUCCUCCCUCCCUCUCUCCCUCCCUUCUCUCCUCUGCCUCCUCCGCAGCCGGACCAGCUCCCUCCCACACCUGGCACCUAGAGACCCUUGGGAUCCCGCGCACACUCCCUUGGACUGGCACCAGACAAAAGCUCCUUAGGGGCUUGGGUCGCUCGUUGGGGUGGCCAGAGCCGCGGUCCUCUGUUCCCCCCGACGGCUGGGGGGAGGGGGGAGGAGGCUGCGCGCCCCCCUCCCCGGCGCCAUCUCCCCCUGGCGGCCGCUCCCAUGGGUGUCGGUGGGCCGCGCCAUGCCUAAGGGGGCGCCGCGAUGGGCCAAGGGGACGAGAGCGAGCGCAUCGUGAUCAACGUGGGCGGCACGCGCCACCAGACGUACCGCUCGACGCUGCGCACGCUGCCCGGCACGCGGCUCGCCUGGCUGGCCGAGCCCGACGCCCACAGCCACUUCGACUAUGACCCGCGUGCCGACGAGUUCUUCUUCGACCGCCACCCGGGCGUCUUUGCGCACAUCCUGAACUACUACCGCACGGGCAAGCUGCACUGCCCGGCCGACGUGUGCGGGCCGCUUUACGAGGAGGAGCUGGCCUUCUGGGGCAUCGACGAGACCGACGUGGAGCCCUGCUGCUGGAUGACGUACCGCCAGCACCGCGACGCCGAGGAGGCGCUCGACAGCUUUGGCGGCGCGCCCCUGGACAACAGCGCGGACGACGCGGACGCCGACGGCCCUGGCGACUCGGGCGACGGCGAGGACGAGCUGGAGAUGACCAAACGCCUGGCGCUCAGUGACUCCCCAGACGGCCGGCCUGGCGGCUUCUGGCGCCGCUGGCAGCCGCGCAUCUGGGCGCUCUUCGAGGACCCCUACUCGUCCCGCUACGCGCGGUAUGUGGCCUUUGCUUCCCUCUUCUUCAUCCUGGUCUCUAUCACCACCUUCUGCCUGGAGACCCACGAGCGCUUCAACCCCAUCGUGAACAAGACGGAGAUCGAGAACGUCCGCAAUGGCACGCAGGUGCGAUACUACAGGGAAGCAGAGACGGAGGCCUUCCUCACCUACAUCGAGGGCGUCUGCGUGGUCUGGUUCACCUUCGAGUUCCUCAUGCGUGUCGUCUUCUGCCCCAACAAGGUGGAGUUCAUCAAGAACUCGCUCAACAUCAUCGACUUUGUGGCCAUCCUGCCCUUCUACCUGGAGGUGGGCCUGAGCGGCCUGUCCUCCAAGGCUGCCAAGGACGUGCUGGGCUUCCUGCGUGUCGUCCGCUUCGUGCGCAUCCUGCGCAUCUUCAAGCUGACCCGCCACUUCGUGGGCCUGCGGGUCCUGGGCCACACGCUCCGCGCCAGCACCAACGAGUUCCUGCUGCUCAUUAUCUUCCUGGCCCUGGGCGUGCUCAUCUUUGCCACCAUGAUCUACUACGCCGAGAGGAUAGGGGCGCAGCCCAAUGACCCCAGCGCCAGCGAGCACACGCACUUUAAGAACAUCCCCAUCGGCUUCUGGUGGGCUGUGGUCACCAUGACGACGCUGGGCUACGGAGACAUGUACCCGCAGACAUGGUCCGGCAUGCUGGUGGGGGCGCUGUGCGCGCUGGCAGGCGUGCUCACCAUCGCCAUGCCUGUGCCCGUCAUCGUGAACAAUUUCGGGAUGUAUUACUCCUUAGCCAUGGCUAAGCAGAAACUACCAAAGAAAAAAAAGAAGCAUAUUCCUCGGCCACCGCAGCUGGGAUCUCCCAAUUAUUGUAAAUCUGUCGUAAACUCUCCACACCACAGUACUCAGAGUGACACAUGUCCGCUGGCCCAGGAAGAAAUUUUAGAAAUUAACAGAGCAGAUUCCAAACUGAAUGGGGAGGUGGCGAAGGCCGCGCUGGCGAACGAAGACUGCCCCCACAUAGACCAGGCCCUCACUCCCGAUGAGGGCCUGCCCUUUACGCGCUCGGGCACCCGCGAGAGAUACGGACCCUGCUUCCUCUUAUCAACCGGGGAGUACGCGUGCCCACCUGGUGGAGGAAUGAGAAAGGAUCUUUGCAAAGAAAGCCCUGUCAUUGCUAAGUAUAUGCCGACAGAGGCUGUGAGAGUGACUUGACCAGGCGGCUUGGCCGAGGACACUGGUGGCUAAUAAGCAUCUGGGUGGACCUGCAGCCCCUCCUCACCCUCGGACAGAGUAAAUUCACGCCAUGCAGGUUUGCCGGACGAGUCCGAGUGGCCCAGGCAUUGUACUAGGACGGACGUAGCUUUUCCUACGGCCAAAUGGUAACUGACCGUAGAGGAUUUCGUUUCCUUCUUUUCAUUUUUUAAAAUUUUAUUUGGAGGGGGGAGGUGGAUGGGGCUCCUUAGCAUGACUUGCAUGAAGUUAAACAGAAAACCCAGCAAACCAAACCCACCACCCCCCCUGCAACUGUAUGAUUACCCUAAACAACAAUAACAGAAAGAAAAA